AUGCCCAACUAUGUUCGUGGGCAAUGCGAAUGGACUAAAGUACAUGCCCACCAAUAUUCAAGCACCAGUAUUAAUAGCAGGAAAUGCUAAUGCACUGAACCUGCCCAACAACAUACAAGGCUCAAUACCAAUAGCUAUUGCAAUACUAAUGGGUUUAAAAUGCCCAUCAAUAACAAUCAAGCCUCAAUGCAUUACCCAUUUGAACCUAACUCUCAAAGCCAAGACAACAAUUGCAAGGUUCCUGAUAUAUACACCAACUCUAAGACCGGGUUGGCAGCCCCAUUUCGUGAGCAAGAUCAGUACAUGCCCAUCGCAAUUGUGGUUAGAAUAAUGAGGAGGGCCUUACCUCCACAGGCAAAAGUGGCUGAUGAGGCUAAGGAAUUGCUACAAGGAUGUGUUUCUGAGUUCAUUAGCUUUAUCACAAGUGAAGCUAAUAAGAAUUGUCAAUUGGAGCAUCGCAAGACCAUAACAGCUGAAGAUGUUAUAGGGGCUAUGUCUAGACUUGGAUUUGAGCAUUAUCUCCAGCCUCUUUCGAUGUAUCGUCAAAAGUAUCGUGAAAGCGAGACGUUACCUACUGCGGUUCCUAGGCGUAUGGCUUACUUUAACAAUGAUGUUAAUGCUAUCACAUCCACAACUUCUGUUAUGCCUCCUUUUGCCUUGGUUCAUCCUCAUUAUGCUAUGAUUGCUACUCUUCCUAGUGUUUCGGUUGGGAAUGGCCCAAAUUUGGGUCUUAGAAGUGGUGAUGGGUCAGGUGGCAGUGAUGGAGCGGGUCCAUCUGAGUCACCUCAAGAUGGAUUUGACUUCUUUUAUACAUAUGAUAAAUAUAAGUAAGAACUUCAUGGGUGAAGGGAACUGUUUGAAUUGUUUAGGAUACAGUACUCAACUAUGGUCUAAGCAUUAGCUAAUAUAUUUCAUGUCAUUUUCUUUCUU